GCCUGUGUGAGCCUCGGAGAGCUGGCCGGGCGGCCGGGGCGGAGGAUGGAGGAGCAGCGGGCGCUCGCGGCUGCCAAGAACGGGGAUCUGGCCACCCUGGAGCAGCUGCUGGAGGCAGGCACCCUGGGCCCGCAUGUCACCGACGCCCUGGGGGCUGGCCUGGUGCACCACGCCGCCCGGGCCGGCCACCUGGUCUGCAUCAGGUUCCUGGUGCAGCGAGCCAAGCUGCCCGGCAACCAGCGGGCCCACAACGGGGCCACCCCCGCGCAUGACGCCGCGGCCACAGGCGGCCUGGCCGAGCUGUGCUGGCUGGUGCGCCACGGCGGCUGCGGUCUGCAGGACCAGGACGCGUCGGGCGUCUCCCCGCUGCACCUGGCCGCCCGCUUCGGACACCCGGCGCUGGUGGAGUGGCUGCUCCACGAGGGCCACGCGGCCACACUGGAGACCCUGGAGGGGGCCUUGCCGCUGCACCACGCCGCGGUCAGCGGGGACCUGACCUGCCUGAAGCUCCUGACCGCCGCCCACCGCAGCGGCGUGAACCGGCGGACGCGCAGCGGCGCCUCCCCGCUCUACCUGGCCUGCCAGGAGGGCCACCUGCACCUGGCGCAGUUCCUGGUGAAGGACUGCGGCGCCGACGUGCACCUGCGCGCCCUCGACGGCAUGAGCGCGCUGCACGCCGCCGCCGCCCGCGGCCACUACUCGCUUGUCGUCUGGCUGGUCACCUUCACGGACAUCGGCCUGACAGCUCGGGAUGACGAGGGGGCCACCGUCCUGCACUUCGCCGCACGAGGCGGCCACACGCCCAUUCUGGACCGGCUCCUGUUGAUGGGUGCCCCUAUCAUGAGAGACUCCUGGGGGGGGACCCCCCUCCACGACGCAGCGGAGAACGGGCAGAUGGAGUGCUGCCAGACCCUGCUGUCCCACCGCGUGGACCCUGCCCUGCGGGAUGAUGACGGCUACACGGCCGCGGAGCUGGCGGAGUACCACGGCCACCGUGACUGUGCCCAGUACCUGCGGGACAGCACCCAGCCGGUGCCGCUCCUGAUGACCCCCCCGCCCCCGCCGUUCCCCCCUCCUCCACUGUCGGCCGCCAGACAUCCUCCGGAGGAUGGCAGAAGUGGGGGCGCAGGCCUCGGGAACCCCACCCCAGCAUCUCUCAGCCUGGCCUGGCCCAGCCAGCCAGACCAGCCUCCUCGGAGGGAGCACACAGCCCACACGGCCACCCUGAGGGUGACCGCCAGUGCCACGGCCGUCCCCACGGGGGCAGAGACGGCGGCGGGGGGCGCCCCGGACAGCCUGGUCGCGCUGCAGCUGGACGGGAUGCCCUUGGGCGACCUCGACGGGCUGGUGCCCACGCGGGAUGAGCGCGGCCGACCCAUCCCUGAGUGGAAGCGGCAGGUGAUGGUGCGGAAGCUGCAGGCGCGCCUGGGCACAGCUCCAGAAGCGCCAGAGGCCCAGGACGAUGGUGGGCACGCAGACCCCAUGGAGCAGGCGGCCUGGCGGUACUCGCAGACACACCAGGCCAUCCUGGGCCCCUUCGGGGAGCUGCUGACUGAGGACGACCUGGUGUACCUGGAGAAGCAGAUCGCCGACCUGCAGCUCCGGCGCCGCUGCCAGGAGUACGAGAACGAGCUGGGCCGGCUGGCGGCUGAGCUGCAGGCCCUGCUGCCCGCGCCCCUGGUCAGCAUCACUGUCAACAGCCGCUUCCUGUCCCCGGGGCCUGGGCUGGAGGCCGCAGAGGCCGAGCCCCGGGGCUCCGAGGACGGGGCCUCGCAGGCCACACCCGGCGGGCAGCCCCUGCCCUUCUGGUGCAGCCACGUCGCCCGGCUGGUGCGUAGCCUGUCCCUGCUCCUGAAGGGCGUGAACGGGCUGGUGCAGGGCGAGGAGAGGGGCCCCCUGGAGGCCCAGAGGGAGGCCCACAGGCCAGCCCCGGCCAGCCCCCCUAGGAGCGAGGCCCAGCGCGAGAUCCAAGAGUGUGGGGUGUCUGUGCGGACACUCCGCGGCAACUUUGAGUCAGCCCCCGGCCGGCCCUGCACCCCAAGCCCUGGCCCCUGCGAGCCGGGGACCCAGCCGGGGUCAUGCCCGAGGGGCUGCUGGCCUGCCCCGGCCCCGCCCUGCAGCGGCCCGAUCGGAGGGAACCCCGGGCCAGGAGACACGGAGGAAGCCAGCGACUCGGGCAUCAGCUGUGAGGAGGCCCCGUCGGAGGUGGGUGCCGUGGCAGGCUCGGACCUGGCCAGCCUCCGCAAGGAGCGGAUUGUCACCCUCUUCCUCAGCCACUGGAAGAAGUCGGCUUACAUGCCGGCACUUAAGACAGCAGCCUGCAGGACCCUGGAGGCCCAGCGCGCGGGGCUGCGGGGGCAGGAGGCGGCCAGGGGCCCUCCGCUGCCCUCCCCGCUGCCCGGCGAGAGCCCACGGCCCGGCCGCCUCUGGCAGCAGCGCAGCGUCAUCGCCCAGCUGCUGGGCCACUGGAAGGCCGUCCUGGCCCACGUGCCCGCCCGGCAGCUGCGGCGGCUGAGCCGGCGGCCCCGCGGGCCCCUGUCCCCCGAGCAGUUCCUGCCCCACGUGGACGGGGCGCCCGUGCCCUACAGCAGCCUCACGCUGGACCUCUUCAUGCUGGGCUACUUCCAGCUCCUGGAGUGCGACCUGCCGGCCGAGGAGCGCAAGAUGCGCCACCUGCUGUGCUUCGAGGUCUUCGAGCACCUGGGCGCCCACGGCUGGGAGGCGGCGCGCGCCUUCCACAAGGCUGUGACCGAUGAGCUGGCCGCCGGCCGCCGUGCCUGGACCGAUGGCUUCGAGGACAUCAAAGCCCGCUUCUUUGGCUCCAGCCGUGGUCCCGCCCGGGACGCGGAGCCCGGCCGCAAGUCAGGCCUGACCCCGCUCAGGCCUCUGCCCCAUGCUGGUCCUGGUGGCCCCGAGCCCGCAGCGCAGAGGCUGGGGUCCGGGCCCCAGCGGGGCAGCUUCAACAGCGAGGAUAUCUGUGGCUACAUUGACCGGAGCUUCGCCUUCUGGAAGGAGAAGGAAGCCGAGAUGUUUGGCUUUGGGGAGUGACGUGGGCCUGCCUUCCUCCCGGAGUGGGUUUGGGGUGGUUUUGGUUUUUCUGUUCUCUUUUCCUUUUUGCCUGCCUGGUGGCCAGGUGAGCCUUGAGGCCAGGCCGGCAGGGACUCAGCAUGCUAGUUGCCGCCCACCGUGUCUGCCCCCCGACGGCUUCCUCCUAGGCUGCAAGACUGCACCCAGAGCCCCCCUUGUCACCGCUGCACCCAAGAAGCCCUCUCAGGACCCCAGUCACCCUGCCUUGGGAUGACUCGCCAGCUCUGCCCGUGCCCUCAUCCUGCACGUCCCUUGGGCGCCUGUGAUGCCAGCCUGUUCCCCACUGGCCACCCUCCAGUCCCUGCUGAGUCGCCAGGAUGCCCCGUCUCCCAGUUCCUCCCGUUCCUGGUGGCUCUGGCCACAUCCUGAGCCUCUGUCUGCCCUCUGCCAGUGCCGCCUCCAUUCCUUCUGGUGAUCUUGGGCCGUGCCCCUCCCCCUCUGUGGCCCCUCUUCCCAACCUGUGAAGUGAGGGAGGAGCUAGGACAACAGGAUCAGAUGGGCAGGAGGCAUUCCUGUCAGACUGGACUUCCCUCCCGAAUUUUCCAGGUCAGGGUGCGGAGUCCAGAGGGCUUCAGGGAGAGGUAUUCUGCAGCUCUGCUAUGGCCCCACAAGCAGGAGUGGGGAAGAGGUUUCAGGAACCUUCCACAGCCUUCACCUCCCUGCAGAAACCCCCUGGGACAGCUCUCUUGCCUGUUCCUCCCCGCCUGCAGAGCUUGGAGGACUCAGGCCAGCUGUGGGGGACCAGGGAGUCCUCCCAUCCAGCUGGCUCAAUGUCUCAGAGAGGGAUGCUCGGGAAGAAAUAAAAUGGGGGGUUUCGGGCUGUCAGGGUUCCCCAGAUCAGUCAAGGGGGCGGUGCUGGCCUGGGUUCUGGCUCCAAAGCCUCCUGCAGAGUAGACACCAGAUGUGAGUUUGCUAAAUAAAGACCCGUUCCUGCCCGCCUUCCUAUGCGUGCUUGUUGCCCCUGAGCCCAGAGAGGGCCCUGCUGGGGGGACACUGAGACAUCAGUGCUCAGCUCAGCUGAAGCCCUAGAGCAGCAUCCUUACCCCACAGAGCAUCCACGUUCUCAUCUGUAAAAUGGGGGCGUGGUGUUGACCCGCCCAUCCCCAGGGUCCUGGCGAGGAUGGACUGAGGCCCCCCAUGGGGAUCUCUGUCCUGGGAUGGCAGUGACACUCUCCAGCCGCAUCAGUGUUUUAAGGAGCACACGCUAAGGAUCACGGCCCUGGCCCCAGGCAGCCGCAAGCGUCCCAUACGGUGUUGAGGCCUUGGCUCUUGGCCCCAAAGCUCGACCUUUGGAGCCAGACAAGGACUGGUCUGCAGGACACUGCUGCUGCCCAGGCUGGUGGGUAAGCCUGGAGGUGGGGGGGGUCAGAAGGUGCUGGGUGCUCAGAGGCCUCCCUCCCCUGGGCCACCCACAGGACCCUGCAGGAGCAGGGUGGCCGGCAGAUGCAGAGCCCAGUCCCAGAGGUGGCCUGCUGGCCAGGGCUGCUCAGGAGACGGUGAGCAGAAGGCCCGCACACCCAAGUUGGGGCUCCUCUCCCCCCACUCACUGUGGCCUUGGGCAAGGCCGUCCACGGCUCCAAGUCUCAUGUUCCCAUGAACAUCCAGGACUCCAGGAAGAUCGGGACUCCAGGGUUAUGUGGGGGGGGGGGGGGGCGGUGUUGCUCAGACCCCAGCAUGAGGCCUGGCUCAGGGAAAGGACCUCUCUGCUGGGCACUCACGGGUGACUCCCCAAAUGCCCUUCUGCAGGCACUCUGCUUCCUGGGGGCCUCCUUAUAAAUACACCGUAUCCUGAGAGUACCCCAGGGACCCUGAGUCCCUUGGGCUGGGCCAGAGAAAGCUGGUUUGUUAUUUAAAAGAUGUUCCAAGUGAUUCUGAUGCUCCGUGACCUCAGAACCCCACUAGCAACUCACCUGUGGGAAGCACGUGUCACUGCCAUGGGGGCGGGGGCUGGCCCUGCAAGGCCACACUCAGCUGUAGGGCCCUUUAAUCUUGGCAUUCAGUUGUCAAAACCCCACUGAGGACCUCCGAGCCCCUACCUAGGGACCCAGAGGGUGCAGACUUCAGCGAGGUGACCAGACACAAGGUGCAGAACCAGGGGCUUCCAGAAGAAUCGGGAAGACACGAGAAGGGGAGCCCGGUCUCUCCCCCUGGCCCACUGCAAAUGCAUACAGGACAAAUACAAAGAAAACACUGCACCCAAGGUGGUGAGAAUGUCACCUUUUUCUCAUGAGGAGAAUAAAUAUUGGAACAGUGUAAGCUCUUUGAAUAUCAAUGCUUGGAUUUAGAAGAGUCAAACUUUUUUUUUUAAUGCCUCUAAAGUUCUUUUGAAAGAAACCAUGAUCAAAGCUGGUUUCCCAGGUAGCGCUAGUGGUAAAGAACCUGCAGGGACAAAGCCGGCUGUGGAGGCCGGCCUACAAGAAGGCCUCCAGCGAGCCCGCCUGCUGGUGCCAUGUCUGGUGGGGUCCCUCCCUCACUGUACCUUGGAAUAUGGCAGAAGCCACAGACUGCACCUCCAAGUAGGCUGUGAAAGACUCCCAUCUUCGUUGCUGUCUUAUUUCUGGGGGAAGCCAGCCGCCGUGUUAGGAGUAGUGCUGCGGGGAGGUCUGUGUGGACCUCUGUUCCAGGCCAGCCUCUGUCCCAUGACUGCAGUCCAGUGCGCUGCUUGGCACCAGCUAUGGACACAUCCUGAGGCAGAACCACCCACUAAGGCAUUUCCAGAGCCAUGAAACUGUGUGAGAUAAUAAAUGUUCACUGUUUUACAACACUAGACUUUGGGGUCAUUUGUUAUGAAGCAGUAGCUAGCUAAUACAACAGACUAGAAGAUUUUAUAUAGAAGAGUGAUGAAGAGGCUUACAUUUCAGGUAUGAAGAGAUCAUAAGUAUAG